GGUUCUGCAAUGUGGUGCGUGACCAGCCAGUAGGAAACAAGCCUAAAAAUCCGGGAGAUGCCUAAGGAACAGCAAGAGGCAGCAGUACUGGGGGGACCCCCUGGUUCAACUUCUGUGACAACCACCGUCAUCAACAUGCCCAGUGAGAUCUCCAAGCCUGAUCAUGUGGUCUGGUCUUUAUUCAACACACUCUUCAUGAACUUCUGUUGCCUGGGUUUCAUAGCUUAUGCCUACUCCGUGAAGUCUAGGGACAGGAAGAUGGUGGGUGAUAUGACUGGAGCCCAGGCCUACGCCUCCACAGCCAAGUGCCUGAACAUCAGCUCUCUGGUCUUCAGCAUCCUUGUGAUCAUUAUUUUCAUCAUCAUUUACUCCACCAAAUAGUCGCCAUCUUGCAAACAUUCUCACAGAAGAUAACAGAUUCUGGGGGCUUCUAGUCCUGCCUUGUCCUCCACAGUCCAUAGCUCCCCUCACCCUGGGCUGAGGUCCUUACCCUUUACUCCAUGCAUAUGCAAAUGUUAUCCAUCUGUCCACACUGAAUUCAAUAAAGUGCACAUGGUGGCACCUAUGCUGUGA